CGUUCUUUCUUUCCUUCCUUCUACACUCACCUUCGUCGUUCCUUGACGCGGCUGGCCUGCAUUCAAGGCAUUUUCUCGGGAUUUCGUUCUUUUACUAGUCUUUUGUUAGAUUUCAUCUUGCGAGUCAAGAUUGUAUCUUUAUGGCAGCAUUUGCUACGAUGAGAAGGUCAUUGAAAUGGAAGUUGGAGGCAUUAUAUACCCGUAUCACUCUCAACCGACUUACCACUAUAUUCUUUCUCUUCGGUUUUUUCCACUGCUUUGCCCAGGGGACCAUCCAAUCCUUACUUUUCUCAGUCGACUCCCGAUACAGCACAUUGCUCAGUCAUAUUACCAUCGCCGCCAAUGUUCCUCCGGCGAACCAUACAUUCUUCGCGGGUUCGACCCUACGGGUGUGUAAUUUCCUUCCUCACAACGACGGUUCUUGUUCGGAUGUCUUUACGAUUAACCGGCCUCCGUCAGCCAUGUCCAUUGAUAACGACCAGAACAUUACUGAGAACAAUGGUAUCUGGCGCGCUGGUCUGGAUGGUUCAGGCUUCUCCAUCAAGGCCUCGGAUGACACAGUGUCUGUCAGCCCGCUCGGCGAAAGCAGUGACAUAACCUUGAGCAAGAUUUGCAUCCAGACUCUACUUUUACCAUCCCAAGACUUGUCAAAUUUUCGUCGGGAAAACCUUGCGUUUGUCUUCUUGCAAUUCUGGCUCUUUGGCAUCUCCGUCCUUGCCAUGAUACAGGAUUCCGUGCCUCAUCUUCUCGCUGGGAUCGGUGCCCGGAUACUGCUUACAGCAUGGUCUGCAUACGCGAUCUGGCGUACGCAUCAUCUGUCGAGCGUGUACAAGGCUCUUCUCAGUGAUCCUGGCACACCGUGUUCUGUUGAUUUCUUCCCAACGUAUUUCAGUACUCGUUCGUCGCUGGAGAUCCCCGACCUUGUGUUGAAUCUCACCGCCUUGACCAUCAUGAUAUGGACAGUCCUUAGGGUAUACGCUGUGCAAUCAUACAAAUGUGUUGGUGCACCAGCUCAUAUCCUCAGAAUCCACAAGUUUUUCAUGGCCAUACAAGCAUGCUUGCAGCUCGAGGUCUACAUCCUUCCGGCGGGAAUGGGACUUUGGAUCGAUCAAUUGUUCAACACUUAUAUUAAAUAUAUCUCCGAACAUACGCAGGUUUAUGAAAGUGUUUUCAUAUUCUACACUGUCAUGGUUGUCCCAUGGAUGAUACUGGGAUGGUAUGCGAUUCGGUACGAGAGAAAGAAAUGGAUGUUCACAUUUAUCUUUAUCGGCUUCGUGUUCCUCUUGUGUGAGAGUAUCAUGUUCUAUUCUCAAGUCUAUCAAUGGACGUUUGUCAUGUGGCCUAACCUUGCCUGCUUCACGGUCUCUUUCAUGAUCGUCAUCGUCGCCUGCAUAAUCUUGGGCAUCGUUUGUCUACGGAACUUUGAUCAAGGGCUGGCGCAGUACUUGAACGCCGAAUCCGUGCUGGCAUCGUCCAAUUUUGCCCCGGAGGUCUUUCAACAUCGUGAGGACAUGGAUAUUGAGAAGGCGCCGCUGCCUGAAUUCCCGGUUCCACUUCAUGUCCUUAAGGGUUCCGAUGAGCUCGAUAGGCCUCUGUCGACGUACUUCCUGCCUACGCUUCAUGCUGAUGAUACGAGCUACGGUGGUGUUAUCGGCGUGAAGAAAGAUCGUUGGUAGUAGUUACCGUACCUGAAGACAUUGAUGAACACAGGACUAUUUUCGAUUUCAUAGAGUAUGCACUAGAUUGUGGGUGCUCGGACUUUUUACUUCGUUUUCUUGGGUUCGCAGUGCGAUAUGUAACGAGCUUUUCCAGAUGUAUGGGUUAUUGGAAGCAGAGAGGAAAAUAUCAAAGCUCUCUGCAUUUUGAACGGUAUGAUACAUGAAAACCGCGUGGACUCUGAUUGAAUAAGGGAGUCAGCCAAAAAUAACACAGGAAGGUAUUUCCUGUUGCCAAUGCCGUAU